CACUCCACCACUCCACAGCCCCUCACGCUCCGCCGCCCUCGCACCGUCGCCGCAGCGUCACACGCGCCUCUCCUCGCCUGCGCGUCUACGCUUCCAGUGCAGCAGCUCGACACUCGGCCCACGCCCCACAGCUGCGCGUGCGUCUCGCGGUGCGCCCAGCCUCGUCUCAUCGCACCUCCUCCACCUGCGCGAGCAGCCGCGUCUUGUGCGAGUCGAGCCGCCCCGUCUCUUCUCCUCGAGCAGCCCAGCAGACGCCUCUCUCUCUCGCAGCACGCGCCUGUUCACAGCGCUUGCGCCUCUGUUCCAUCGGCGUCUGCGCUCCCUCCUGCAGCCGCCGUCUUCUGCUCGUGCGCCACUGCUGCCGACGACACUCCCGGCGUCUUGCGCAGCCCCUCCUCUCUCUCCACACCGAGACGCGCGCGUCUGCUAGAGCGUAGAGACCAUGGAGCGAGACGGCGACGCAUCCGGCGGCUGGCGCUUCGCGCAGUGCUUCGGCGACAAGGGCGAGGUGGAGGACAUUACGGAGGCCGAUAUCAUCUCGACGGUCGAGUUCGACCAUACGGGCGACUAUCUUGCCACGGGCGACAAGGGCGGUCGUGUGGUGUUGUUCGAGCGGAAUGAGUCUAAGAAGGGCUGCGAGUACAAGUUCCACACCGAGUUCCAGUCGCACGAGCCCGAGUUUGACUACCUCAAGUCGCUCGAGAUCGAGGAGAAGAUCAACAAGAUCCGCUGGUGUCGGCGACAGAAUGCCGCGCAUUUCCUGCUCUCCACAAAUGACAAGACGAUCAAGCUGUGGAAGGUGUUUGAGAAGUCAUUGAAGGUGGUGGCAGAGAACAAUCUCUCGGGCGAAGCGUACCGAGGCGCGACUGCGCCGACGCAGUCGACGUCGAACCUGCAUCCCUCGCUCGUGCCACCGCCAGUGCCUCUUGUCGGCUCCGGCACGUCGUUGCGCAUGCCUACGCUCACGCAUCACGACACCAUCGUCGCGGCGGUGCCGCGCAAGAUCUACGCCAACGCCCAUGCGUACCACAUCAACUCGAUCAGCGUCAACUCGGACGGCGAGACGUACAUCUCUGCCGACGACCUGCGCAUCAACCUCUGGAACCUGAACAUCAGCGACCAAAGUUUCAACAUCGUCGACAUCAAGCCCGUCAACAUGGAGGAGCUGACAGAAGUCAUCACGGCUGCCGAGUUCCACCCCAUCCACUGCAACCAGUUCGUCUACUCAAGCUCAAAGGGCACGAUCAAGCUGGCGGACAUGCGCGACUCGGCCCUGUGCGACCAGCAUGCCAAACACUUUGAGGAGGAGGAGGAUCCGUCGAACAAGUCGUUCUUCAGCGAGAUCAUCAGCUCCAUCUCGGACGUCAAGUUCAGCCGGGACGGGCGAUACAUUCUCUCGCGCGACUACCUGACGCUCAAGCUGUGGGACGUCAACAUGGAGAACAAGCCCGUCAAGACGAUUCCGAUCCACGACCAUCUGCGCUCCAAGCUGUGCGAUCUGUACGAGAACGACUGCAUCUUUGACAAGUUUGAGGCUCUCUGGGGGCCCGACGGCAACAAGGUGCUCACCGGCUCGUACAACAACUACUUCCACAUCUUCGACAAGGACGACGACUCGGACGUCGUGCUGCAGGCCGACAAGAGCGCGUUCAAGGCAAAGAAGCUCGCCGGCGCAAAGAAGAAGGGCGCCAACGCCGCGGCGGGCGCCGUGGGGCAGAUCAACGUGGACAACGUGGACUUCAACAAGAAGAUCCUCCACUCGAGCUUCCACCCGAGAGAAAACACAAUUGCCAUCGCAGCGACGAACAACGUGCGUAGCAGGCUGGCCCUUGCUCACUCUCACUCCGCGCCGGCACCGCGCUGACAUCCAGGUUGCUGCAUCUCCCGCAGCUCUUCAUCUUCUCCGCGAACAACGCAUCGACGGCGUGAAGCGUGUCCUGCUUUGUCGCGUGCGCGCAGUCCCGUCGGCC